AUGGCGCUGGUGGUGAACGCGAGCUGCGCGUGGUGCGCGUCCCCGCUGCCAGACACAGAACCGGACUCACGCGCUGUAACCGCAGCUCUGGCCGCCAUCCUCAUCUUCACCAUCGUGGCUGAUGUGCUGGGAAACGUGCUGGUCAUUCUGUCCGUCUACCGGAACAAGAAGCUCAGGAACGCAGGUAAUCUCUUUGUGGUGAGCCUUUCUGUGGCUGACCUGGUGGUGGCGUUGUACCCGUACCCCCUGGCCCUGCUGGCUAUCUUCCACGGCGGUUGGACGCUGGAUGCAGUGCAGUGCCAGCUGAGUGGCUUUGUUCUGGGCCUUGGUGUCAUCGGAUCUGUCUUCAACAUCACAGCCAUUGCCAUCAAUCGCUACUGCUACAUCUGCCACACACUGCACUAUGAGCAUUGGUACACACGUCGAAACACUUGUCUGUGUGUUUGUCUUACGUGGCUCCUGAGUGUCAUCGCAACGCUGCCCAACUUCCUGCUCGGUUCGCUGACCUACGACCCACGGGUCUUCUCCUGCACGUUUACGCAGACCGUUAGCUCUCUAUACACGUCGUGCGUGGUGCUGGUCCACUUCCUGAUCCCACUAGCCGUCGUGUCUUUCUGUUACUUGCGUAUCUGGAUGCUGGUGGUCAGGGUCAAAGGUCGUGUGCGGCCCAGACCUUGGGCACGUUCCGCUGACCUGCGCCACUUUCUAACCAUGUUUGUGGUGUUUGUGCUUUUCGCUAUGUGCUGGGCGCCACUGAACUUCAUAGGCCUGGCUGUGGCGCUGGACCCAGUCAAUGUGGCACCAAAGGUACCCGAGUGGCUCUUCGUGGCCAGCUACUUCCUGGCGUACUUCAACAGCUGCCUGAACGCAGCCGUCUAUGGCCUCCUUAACCGGAACUUCCGCCACGAGUACAAGCAGAUCCUCCUCUCACUUUGCACACGCCGAGCUCUGUUCCCCGAAAACUCCCGGUGCAACACUGAGGCCAUUAGAAGCAAGCAAUCCCCUGCUGUGACCAACAACAUCCUGGUGGAGGCUCACUUGCGGGAGGGUGGAGCUUAAUCACUUACCUUGUUUGAAAAGGGGUGAAGCUGUUAUUAGCAAGUAUUUGGUGGACGUUUAAAGACGACAGAAACAGAUGUCGCGAAAGACUAUAGACUUCAAGUUUACAUCUCCAUCUAAGCAAUCACCUGUUCCAAUAACAACCUGCUGGAUAAUAAAAGGAAGGGCUUGACUGCACAC